AUGCAAGCUGGCCUGAAUGAAAGGAGAAGGCAGUUACUGGAAUUGAACAGUCAAGCAUGGUCAAACAUCGAUGUAUUUCCGUAUAGGACCAAAAAGUUGGAUUCUAGUAUCAAGAGAAAUACCGGUUUCAUAAAGAAGUUAAAGCAAGGUAUUACGAAGGAUUCAAAAGAUACCUUAUUGAAAGAUAUUGGCGAAGUGUUAUUAGAGAAAUAUCUUUCUGAGGUUAUAGCGGGGACCAAUGAAAAUCUUUGUAGAGUCCCAAACAAGACUGAAGAUAUUAUUGCUGCAGUGGAGGUUGUCAGUGGGUUACAUCAGCGUUUUGGAGAGAAAUUCACCAUUAGAUUGAUUGAAGGUUUCUUAUUGAAUUUUGUGGAUCCUACGAGAGAAUCCGAUUCUGAUAAAGAGGAGCUUGCUAGGACUAAUAGACUGAAGUCAAACUUUAGAAUUUUUACGGAAUUAUAUUUAGUAAAUGUGUUCAGAAACUUUGAAUAUGCGUCAAAGGAUAACUUACCUACAUUUGCCUUGAAAACCACUUCGCCAAUGUUGGUGGUUAUUCUGAAAACGAUUCUUUCAUACAGAUAUAGAAGUGGUUUCCGUCUGUCUGUUGCUACUCUGUUUGCUAAAAAGUAUCCUGCAUUCUUUGAUAAGGACGACACUUCUUUUGAUGAGUUUAUUGAUAACGAUUCUUUGAAGGACCAACUGCAAUCGCUGUUUAAAAUUAUUACAGAUGGUGUGUUUAAAAGGACCGUCGAAUUGAACAGAAAGCUGAGCAAAUUGAAUAAAGAACAUCAAAGAGCGCAGAUUCGUACAGGGAAAUUAGUUGACGAAUAUCUCCAAGAGUAUGAAGAUUUGAAGCCGGUAUUUGAAAGAUUCAAAGCGGCCGCUAUUUCCCUUGGUGAAUCCUUUAAUUGUGAACAUCCUGCCUUAGAGGAAAGUGAUGACGGGAAUAAUUCACUGGAAAAUAAAUCAAUAAUAACCAAUCAAAACAAGGUUGCCUUGGAGAAGUUAUGGGAGAGUGAAGAGGCAAAAAAGCUAUAUGAGGUUCUUCCUGUCAUUUCUCUGCCGGCAUCGCCAGAUAACAGUUAUACAAACGAAUCCGAGCAAGUAAAAAGCGAACCGCUUAAGCAAUUUUUUAAAGAUCUGGAAGCUUGUGACAGUAAGGACAUGAUUGAUGAACUUUCAUAUAGGUAUUGGAAAGAUGGUUUAGAUAAUAAAGCCACGCGUAAGCGGUUAUUGAAGUUUUUCAUUGAACAACCAGAUUGGAGUAAGUUGAAUUUAUAUGCAAGAUUUGUUGCCACGAACAGCAAUCAACUUAAAGAUGUCAAAGAUGAUUUAAUUGAAUAUUUGGAUAAUGGGUUUAGAUCUCAAUUACACACUAAUAGAAUUAAUGUCAAGAAUAUCAUAUUUUUUUGCGAGAUGGUGAAAUUUUCAUUAGUCCCUGCAUUUCUAAUAUUUCACAAGAUUAGAACCCUUAUUUUAAAUUUACUUGUCCCAAAUAAUAUUGAAAUCCUCAUUUUGUUAUUUGAGAACUUUGGUCGAUUUCUGACAAAUAAACCAGAAUUUAAUCCUCAAAUGGAAAAAAUGAUAGAAUUAAUAAAAGAAAACAAAAAGGAUCAUAGAAUAUCCAUAACUGGUAAGAAUGCUCUAGAUAACUUGCUCACUUUGAUAUAUCCUCCAAAUCUAAGUUCACUCAACUUGGAGGUCACAAAAUCAACCACAGAGCAACGUUUCUAUCGUGUUUUGAUUAGAAAAGAGCUAUUUAAUAUCGGCUUCAAAAAGGCGUCUAAGUUGUUGAAAAAGGCAAAUUGGAGUGAUGCUGGUGUUUACAAAACUAUGCUUUCAUUAUUUACAAAACCUGAAAAAGUCUCCUACCAAUCUUUACCAAUUUUGGCUCAGUGUCUUGCUGCUAUCUAUCCAUAUUACAGGGACUUUGUUAUUAUAUGCAUUGACACAAUACUUGAGGGUAUCCAAAGAAGCUUAGAAGUUAACAGUUAUAGUUAUAACAUGAAGCGAAUUGCACAGGCUACCUAUCUUGUAUGCAUUUAUAAUAAUAGCAUGGUUCGAAGCGAAGUUAUCUUGGACACAAUGUAUCAAAUUUUAAGAUUUGGAUAUCCUAAAGGUCGACCAACUCCAAAUUCGGUUAAUGAAAGUGAUCCCUCGGAUAAUUAUUUCCGUAUCCAAUUGAUAUCAGUUAUUCUCUUGGGUUUGGAGAAGACUACACCCAAUUUCACUAAGAAGAUUCCAUUGUUUAUGAGAUUUUUUGAAUACUACAUUUACUGUAAGGAUCAGCCACUACCAAAAGAGAUAGGGUUCAAAGUUGCUAGUGUUUUUAAAAGUUAUACAUCGGAUAUAAAGUUUGAAAGGGCGACUAACCUUUCUGAUAGUGCCAAAAAGCUGGCUGAAAUGUUACAAAAUAUGGGAAUUGCUACAGCGGGUGAUGAAGAAGACGAUGAAAACGAUGAACCCGUUGAUGUCGCUGACGAUGAGGAUGUUAGUGAUGAGGAUGAGGACGAAUCAAACAGUAAUGAUAGUGACAAUGACAGUCAGGAUGAGGAAGACGAUGAUGAUGAUGAUGACGACGACGACGAUGACAGUGAAUCAUCCGGUGACGCAGAUAGUGAAGAGAGCAGCAACGAUGACGAAGAUGAAUUCAGCAUUGAUAGAGACUUUCAAAGGAAAAGCAUAAAAGAGCAGUACGAAAGAAGAUUAAAAGCAGAAGAGGAACGAAGGGCAGAAGAAGAAAUGGAGAAAAAGUUCCAGCAAAUAAUGCAAGAGUCGCUAGAUUCACGUAAAAAUGAAAAGAUCUCGAUGUCUCAUAUCCCAAUCAUUGCUUCUGGGGCCAAUACAUCUGAUAAAAAACCGCGUAUACCAUCCACUAGUGCUCAACCUGGAAGAGUAGCAUUCACGUAUUUGUCUAGGACGGGGAAAAAGACCCAGACACGCACUAUCACGUUGCCAUCUGAUGUGAAAUUUGUACAUGGCGUCUUGGAGGGCGAACAGCGGUUGAAGAACGAAAGAGAGCGUAUUAAGAAUAUCGUCCUGAGCCAAAAGUUUGAGUGA